CAAGGCGCUGGGAUUGGUCGGGACCCUGGAGGCGACUCCGAACGUGGCGCGGGGUUUGCUCUCUGCGGCGCGGCGGGGACUGGUGGGCGGAAUGUCCCAAGCCGGUGGCGGUGCGAGCGGUGAUGCGGGGCAAGAAAACUCUGCUGUUGCCGGCCCGUUCAGCUUCAGCCCGGAGCCCACGCUUGAGGACAUCCGACGUCUCCAUGCAGAAUUUGCUGCUGAACGGGACUGGGAGCAGUUCCACCAGCCUCGGAACCUGCUCCUAGCCUUGGUGGGAGAAGUGGGCGAGCUGGCAGAACUCUUCCAGUGGAAGUCUGAUGCAGAGCCUGGUCCUCAAGCCUGGCUGCCAAAGGAACGAGCAGCCCUUCAAGAGGAGCUCAGCGACGUCCUCAUCUACCUGGUGGCAUUAGCAGCCCGUUGUCGCGUGGAUUUACCUCGAGCAGUAAUUGCCAAAAUGGACACCAACCGACGUCGUUACCCAGUCCAUCUCUCCCGAGGUUCUGCCUGCAAGUACACAGACUUGCCCCAUGGGGCCAUCCCUGAAAACCAGGCUGUAGGGGCUGCAGAACCUACCUCUGAGUUGCAAAGCCAGGCCUCCACCUAGGAAACAGUGUCAGAACAGCAGAGAUGGACUCGUUCUAGUCCGUUCUUAACUGAGUCAUAGGUCUGAUGCCCUAGUUUCCAAAAAAUAAUCUCCUGGUCUUUUUUCUCUCAAUAAAAUGAUACAUGACAACAACAUCUAGAUUUUUCCUGGGUGGCUAGGUGGAACAUCUCAGGGCCUUCAGAGAAGCAGGCUUACAAAAGCAGAGAACCGGAAGUAAAUGUGGGCCACAAGGCUUUGAUGAGUGCAGAAUACAGCUUCCUUUCCUCUUUGGUCCCUUGAUACAAGUAAAGGCCACCCACCCCUCUCACCUGGCUAAUUCUGUUCUUCCUCUGCAGCGAGGUGGUACUGAGUGAAUGAUUUAUGUGGUGUGUAACCUAAGGCACCCCACUUCCCGAGACUGCUAGGCCUGCCUCCCCAAAACAGGGUCACACAGAGAAAGCAAUAGUAGUGAUUAUCUGCCCCUCUUGCCUUCCCAGGUAAAGCAAGUCAUCAUUAAACUGCUUUGUUUUAUAUUUCCAAACCCUCUGAAUCUUGUUGGGUUUUGUUUUAUUUUUUGAGACAGGGUUUCUCUGUGUGGCUUUGGAGUCUGCCCUAGAACUCGCUCUAUAGAGCCUUCUGACAGGGAUGCUGGAGUGUAGCUCUUCACAGCUGAUGGCCUCUGGAGGGAGGUGGGGAAUGACUCGGUUAUCUUUAAGGGGCUGGCCGGUCGCUGGGCAUUUGGCCAUGCUCCAGUGAGUAUUGAGUGGGCAGUACAAAUUGGACCUGAUGUAUUUUUUUUCUUUUUGUGGUGAGGGCACAAGGCUGGAGGGUAGACCUGGGAGGAACUGGAAAUGAGUGUAAACAGGGUGCAUUGUGUGAUAUUCCCAAAUGAAUAAAAAUGUUACAAUGGAAAUAAAGGUGUACGCCACAGGGGAAAAGCA